AUGCUGAAUAGACGACAAAGUCGUCAAACAGCAAACACGAAUCGGAACUGCAAAGUGGGUCUCUUCGAUCGCGGCGACAUCCACGCCGAACGACAAGAGAUCCCGGAGCCCCCUUUGAAGUCUUCCCUGUCCACCUUACAAAUGAAUUCGGGGCCUGCGACCAUCUUUUUCUUCUUCCUUUUCUCCCUGGAAGGGUGGGGAGGGGAAGAGAUUCUGGCUACGCUUCCCGAUGACUUAGAUCUUUCGAGAAUUGCUGAGAUCGCUGAUAAAAUUAAUGACGUACCCAGCAUCAACAGCGUGGACUCCCCUGUACCCACUGACGCUGCUAUGAUGGAUGUAAUAGAACAGCUGAAGCAGCAACUCGAGAGGCUUUCCACUCAGGUGCAGCAUCUUACCAGACCAGAGGAUAAAAACUCAUACAAGGUACGGCGACGCUCUCAUUCUGCUACUCGCGCUCGCCGACCCACGCUAUGCUGGUACCAUCUUAACUUCGUGCCAACCUUCACCCAAAGCAUUACGGAAGGCGGGAAACGCCGAUCCCAGCAGCACUUGAAAGCGGCAUCUACUGUUGGGACACAUAUUACUAACCGUCUCUUCUAUAUAAAAAACAGGAAUUCUAACAUGUCAUUCCUAAUAGAUACGGGAGCACAGCUUAGCGUUGUUCCACCAUCACUCAACUUCACUAAGACUAACUCUUCAGUCACUUUACGCGCCGCUAAUGGCACGAACAUCAAGACUUUCGGUGAGCAAUCAUUACCACUGGAUAUUGGACUUAGAAGGACAUAUCAAUGGAUAUUCACUGUUGCAGACGUGAAAUUCCUCAUAUUAGGCGCCGACUUUCUGGCACACUAUCAACUCAUCGUGGACCUCUCACAGCGUCAGUUAUCUGACUCCACCACGAAGCUUUCUAACCGCGGAAUUGUAUCACAGCUAACAUCCACAGAAUUACGCAUCGCUGUGCCGCGUGAUAAUCCGAUUCAAGAUAUGUUGGAUAAAUUUCCCUCGUUGAUACAACCUUUUACUUAUACAAAGCCUGUCAAGCACAGCACUGUACACAGCAUUCGAACUACCGAACAGCCUGUCUAUUCUAAACCUCGCCGUCUUGCGCCGGAUAAAUACAAGAUUGCCCGGGCCGAGUUCCAACACAUGCUCGACCUCGGGAUUAUUCGCCCAUCCUCGAGUCCAUAUGCCUCACCGCUUCACAUGGUCACUAAGGCUCAGCAGGGCGCCUGGAGGCCAGCAUCCUUGUGUGGAAGCCUGCAAGAGACAGAAAAAAUCGCGGAUGAACAAGUACGGGAGAUAAUUUUGCUCGACUCACUUCGAGAUUCGUCACUACAUAUUGAGCAUUAUCCCUUGCCCUUUACUGAUAAGCUUAUUGCGUGCGACACCAGUAAGAAAAUGUCUUCCCUUGCUUUUACUCCAACCCGUUACACUUCACGUGACGUUUAUGUACCUCCUUCCUUACUGGAAUGCGAGUACGUUUUUGUACGACAGGAUUCUGUUAGAAAGCCACUGACACCACAUUAUGCGGGUCCAUUUCGUGUCCUUGCCCGGACCGAUAAAUAUACUUUACACUACAGACUAACCACGGCCGAUCGACUUUCUCUAUCGAUCGCUUAA